GUAUUUGCCAUGCCAGUAAAACAGUUGGUUUAACUAGUGCAGUCGACGAGUGUCGAAGGCCAACACAAUUUAAAGGAUUUUAGAAAUACCUCGGAUUUCAAAUAAUAUAUUUACAGCGCAUUCGCUCCCAAACAUAUUUCAAGAUGUUCUACACCUGUGGUCCCAACGAGGCUAUGGUGGUCUCAGGGUUUUGCUACAAAUCUCCUCUGAUGAUUAAUGGUGGGAGAGUGUUUGUUCUCCCCUGUGUUCAGAUGAUUCAAAGGAUCAGUCUGAAUACCCUCACACUGACUGUGAAGAGUGAUAAAGUCUACAGCCGAUAUGGAGUUCCUAUCUCUGUGACUGGAAUUGCACAGGUGAAGAUUGACACCCAACAAUCAAUGUUGAUGACAGCUUGCCAGAUGUUCAUGGGCAAGAGUGAGUCUCAGAUAGCUGAUAUUGCUCUGGAAACAAUGGAGGGCCACCAGAGGGCCAUCAUCGCCCAUCUCACUGUGGAGGAGAUCUUUCAGGACCGUAAGAAGUUCUCUGAGCAGGUGUUCAAGGUGGCCUCCUCCGACCUGAUCAACAUGGGCAUUAAUGUGGUCAGCUAUACGCUCAAAGAUGUGCACGAUGACCAGGAUUACCUGAACUCCCUGGGCAAAGCCCGCACGGCUCAGGUCCAGAAGGAUGCCCGCAUCGGUCAAGCCCAGUACAAGAGAGACGCUGCUAUAAGGGAAGCCCAUGCCAUGCAGCAGAAGGUGUCUGCCCAGUACGUGAAUGAGAUCGAGAUGGCCAAAUCGCAGAGAGACUUUGAGCUGAAGAAGGCCAUCUAUGACAUGGAGGUCAACUCCAAGAAGGCAGAAUCCGAGAUGGCCUAUCAGCUUCAGGUGGCCAAGACCAAGCAGCGCAUCGAGGAGGAGAAGAUGCAGGUGAUGGUGGUGGAGCGCACGCAGCAGAUCAUGCUGCAGGAGCAGGAGAUCACGCGUCGCGAGAAGGAGCUGGAGGCCAAGGUGAAGAAGCCCGCUGAGGCUGAGCGCUACCGGCUGGAGAAGCUGGCCGAAGCCAUGCGGUGUCAGCUGAUCAUGGAGGCUGAGGCAGAGGCAGAGUCCAUCAGGAUCAAGGGAGAGGCUGAGGCCUUCGCCGUGGAAGCAAAGGGCCGCGCUGAGGCAGAGCAGAUGUCCAAGAAGGCAGAGGCCUUUAAGCAAUACAAGGAGGGAGCCAUGGUGGACCUGCUCCUGGAGAAAAUCCCUCUGAUGGCGGAUGAGAUCUCCAAGCCUCUGUGCAUGGCGCAGAAGGUGACCAUGGUGUCCAGCGGGGGCUCUGAGGUGGGUGCAGCCAAGCUGGCUGGAGAGGUGCUGGAGAUCAUGACCAGGCUACCAGAGACUGUGGAGAAACUCACUGGAAUUAACAUCUCCCAGGUGUCAGGAAAGCGCGGCUAAAGCCUUGGCUGGAAGAGGCACCCAAUCAGAUGAGAAGAUCUAACCCAUAGUGCCUAUGUGUGUGCAUGUCUGCUUAUCCUAUAGCUGUAGAUCGUGUACCUGAGUGCUUGGUUAGACUCAUUUGACCUCCCUGGCCUUAAGUCACACAAGUGUAGGAGACCAUUAGUCUUGUUAUGUUUCAGCGUGGCUCUUUAGUUUGAAUGUGUUUGGGGCUACAGAAGAUGGAAGAAGAAACGAAGAUGGUAACACUUAACCGUAUAAACAGAUGAGAGAGCUCUUUUUCUUAUAUUCAUAAAUAUACACCAUAUGUACCUUUAUAUAUCACUUUCAUUAGAAUGUCGCCUGUCAUCUCAUGCAUGCGAGUACUGUUUUCAAUGAAUGUACUUAGCUGCUCCUGUUGCAAUUGUCAGCACCCUCCAUGGAACACUCUUUCCAAUGCAUCACACAGACAUUCAGAGUGCUUACUCCCUUAAUCCCUUUAUAUCAAUACUCAAUACUAAGCCAUAUUUGUAACCUGUUCUACGGGAAAAACUGACCAAAUAUUGUGUGGUAACCUUUUAUCUGUGCAUUUAUUUCCGUGUGCCUCUGUGUCAGGCCUCUUCAGUGCAGGAUUGUAUGACCCGAAGUGUUGGAUUACAGUACAGUCCAUUUCAGUUGGUUGGAGGGAUGGAGAUUUGUUGUGAGUUCAGGAAUGUGAGAAAUCUGAGGUUUAUAGGUAUUGAACAGAAUCUGAUAAUGGUGCAAGUUUAAUGGUCUGAUGUGGGAAUUGCCUCAUCCCAGUUUUAAAUACAAAAUCAUUUUCAGUUGGUCUUUUGUCAGUGGGAACCUGAGAACAGGCUUUGUCUCCCUUGGUGGCCGCCAUUGUACAAGAAUAAACCUGAAGCCAUGACUGACAAACCUAAGACUGAAUCUUCAAUAUAUGGUAUAAAACGAAUUACCAUUAUCUGUUGGGCUGUGAAGUUACUGUGGCAUAUUUUGGCAAAGCAAGAGUAUUAGGGGAAAGGAAGUAGGUGUCUGACAUGAAAGGAUGGGUUUCCUUGACGUUUGCAGCUCAAAGGAAAAGAUAUGUAGAAACACUGUGGGGGAAGUUUGUUUCGCAUAAACCACUUGCUCUGAAAUCUGGGUCAAGCUCACAUGCUUGACUUAAGUAUUUGAUCAUGAAGAAAAAGCUGAGGACUAAAAACAUGCAGUUUCUGAAUUCUCACUGUAUGGACUCUGUAUGUGCUUUGAUAAUGCUGUGGUCAGGAUUGCAUUUCAUACCUCUAAAUCAGAGGCAGAUGAGGUUUACGUGCUCCGUCACCAACAAGUGCCUGAAUCCCACUUCGCCCCCGCCGAUGCACCUCCGUUCAUGACACCAAACCUACUCUAUGCACUGAAUGGGGUUUGGACCAUUCCUGCUUUUAAAUAGCUUGUAUUAGUUUUAUUAACAAGCCAAUCAUGGCUUUACUUCCAACAUUGGACUUUAUCAUACUGCCAUUUUGAGUUCCAUGUUCCUCUGAUUUACUUCAAUUCUUGGGUAUUACUACUGGUGUGUUUUUGUUUUUGCUUGAGGAAUUUUAUGUUUCUUGCCAAAAGACUUGCCUGCCUCACUAUAUACUUUUAUAGUUUUUAUUGAACCUUAAUGCAAUAAGUCUUGGAUGUAGGACAUGUAACAGAAAUAUCCUCCUAUGUUGUAACAUAGUUGAAUAUUCAAUAAACAUGCUGAGAGACCUCAGCCUGUGACUAA